GAUCUCUGCAACUGACCACCACAUCCUGCGCAUUAUCAUGCCUCGAGGAAACAAUCACCACAAUGCACGAGGGGGUCCAAGAGGAAGAGGAGGUCGCGGCGGUCGCGGUCGCGGUUUUCGAGGCAGAGGGCGUGGAAGAGGACUCGGAUUCGUCUCCUAUGAUGAUAACGAUGAUUUCUCUCUCAACUUCCAGUCAAACAGUACGUUCUGUAUCCACACUUUUCUCAUUUCAAAAGAAGCACUUGGCUCAAGCCCACAAGUGGUCAUGCUUAUGCUAUGGCACAUCUAGACUUUAGAGGCUCGCCUCGCGGCUAUCACAGUCCAAACCCGGGCAUGUCGACGCCCGUGAGGGGCGCUGCAGCCCCUCGCGGACGUGGACGCGGGCGUGGGGAUGGAGGCUAUGACUCCCCAGGUUAUCAAGGUCGUG